AUGGAGGUCGCCAACCUUGAAGCUGCCUUCGAACGCAUCACCGUCACCGACGAGAACGAUGAGCAAAUCACUUCUUCCACCACCUCUUACCACAAGACGAAGGUGAACAGUACUCAGGCCAAGAAUGCUGCGAACAUCUCCAAAGUUACCAUCACGUCGUCUACCACCCGCCCGUCGGAGGUCAACCCAUCGCAUCGCCGCACCCUUACCGAGACGGCCCUCUACGUCAACCCGUCAACACCGAAAGCAUGGCACCUCGGCAUGUUUGAUAUCGGCAAGCCUCUCGGAAAGGGCAAAUUUGGUCGUGUAUAUCUUGCCAAAGAGAAGUCAUCAGGCUUCGUCUGCGCACUCAAAGUGCUCCACAAAUCCGAACUUCAACAAGGCAAGGUCGAGAAGCAGGUGCGACGAGAAAUCGAGAUCCAAUCACACUUGGCCCAUCCCAACAUUCUUCGCCUCUUCGGGCACUUCCACGAUGCAAAGCGUGUCUUCUUGAUCCUCGAGUUUGCCGGCCAAGGAGAACUCUACAAGCACCUCCGCAAGGAGCAACGCUUCCCCGAAUGGAAGGCCGCACAAUACAUCGCCCAGAUGGCCGCAGCGCUCAAGUAUCUCCACAAGAAGCACGUCAUGCACCGAGACAUCAAGCCCGAGAACAUCCUCGUCGGCGUCCACGGCGAAAUCAAAAUCAGCGAUUUUGGUUGGUCUGUUCACGCACCCAACAACCGUCGCAACACCAUGUGCGGAACUCUCGACUACUUGCCCCCGGAGAUGCUGAGGGGCGGCGGCAAGGACAACUUCUACAGCGAGAAGGUCGACCUGUGGAGUUUGGGCGUGUUGACAUAUGAGUUUUUGGUUGGCGAGGCACCUUUCGAGGACACGCAAGUGAUGACUCAAAGAAAGAUUGCACGGGGAGAGUACACAGUGCCUAGCUUUAUUAGCUCAGAGGCAAAGGAUCUUAUCAAGAGGUUACUAGUCCUUGACCCCGAGAAGCGAAUUGCGCUCGAGGAAGUAGAGCGACACCCGUGGAUCGUCAAGCACUGCAAAGGCAGCCGUGUCCAAGUCGGCAGCCGCUCGACCUCAGACGACGACGACGAGACCUACUAG